CUAUCUAUCUGUAGAGAAUUGAGGCCAGAGGCUGAUAGUAAGUAUUGCAUCUCUCGCAGCCUCCAAAAAAGGGCCUAAAUCCUAGGAUAUAUCUCGAGGCCGGGUAAAUGACAAGAUCUGUUUACGAACCGUUUAAAAUGUAAACAAUACUAUUCAGCUGUGAACAGUGAACUAUUAUAAAGACGACAUCUUGUUUACAUGAUUGAAAAAGAUCCAGGUUGUGAACAUGAGUGUGGUAAUGAACAAUGAACAUGAUGUAUAGGUUGUGAACAUGAGUGUGGUAAUGAACAAUGAACAUGUUGUAUAGGUUGUGAACAUGAGUGUGGUAAUGAAUGGCCCGAAGUCUGUCUCCUCGACCUGUGAUAUUAAAUACCCAGAUAAUGUUGGUGCUGGGGGGUCUAGGGGUGUCUCAGCAGAUGUUGAUGAAAGGUUGUAUGAUCCAAAACCGAAUAAGAAAAUUGUUCGAAUCUUGACAGUUGUACUUUAUAUGUUCUCAGUAUCUCUUGGUGCAAUACUGUUAUCUCUUUACUAUAUUUUUCUUUGGAAAAACCCCCACACAACUCACUACCUACAGCAUAAGCAUGAAAUGGAAGAAAGCUCUGUACCCUCCUCCGCUCCUUUAGCAUUGCAACUGGAUUCAGUUGAUCAGAUUGAGAUAAAGGAUGGAAACUGGCAUCCUGAUAUUCCGACAGCAUUUCCAAAGCUUGAGCGUGGAGUGCCGCCGAUAGCUUCAGGACAAAGUAAAUCCUCACAGUUUGUUGAACAACCUGGAGCUAAACUCAACCCAUCCCUGUAUUCAGUUGUACCUGGAGAAGAACAAACCCAACCCAAACCUGAAGUACCAUACGACGAAAAGGGUAGAUUAGAAGAAAAAAUAGAAGAAAAACAACACGAUAACGGAAAUCUCAUCAUUAGCUUUAAUGUCCAAAAAGCUGCAGACCAAGUGAAGGAUGGUUCAAAGGAAGAGAAAGAGAGGAAAAGAACCUAAAUUGAAGCUUUGGGCCGAGGGUACCAUCUGUACCAUUUUUAUCAUCUUUUAAGAAUAUUAAAUUCUAUUUAUAAUUCUAAUAAACACACUUUUCAUCUGUAUUUAAAGGAAGUGAUGGCCGUAA